AUGACAGGUUCUGGAACAGGUGCAUUCACCGGCGGGGCCGGAAACACGUCAGAAUUUGGUCAGUCAGCAUUUGGUAUGCCCGCUGCACCUACAGUAUUUGGUCAAACAAAUACAUCACUAUUUAAUCAAACUACACAGCCUAAUACGGGAUUAUUUGGUUCGAUUGCUGCUGCGCCUGCAUUUGGUAAGACGCCUACCGCUCAACCAACAUUUGGAGGUUUCAAUACCAGUGGAACUUCACUGUUUGGUACUAAUACAGCAACAUCGGCAUCUACUUCAUUGUUAUUUGGCCAGCAAAAUGCUUCAAUGGGGGGAAAUACUGGAGGUGGAUUAUUUGGUUCCAGUAAUCUUAAUACUUCAUUUGGACAAUCAAAACCAGUUGGAACAGGAUUCGCUUUUGGAACACCAGUCGCGCAGCCAACUGGUAAUAAUAUAUUUGGUGCACCUCAAGCAAGCACUGCAGGAGCCGGAAUGUUUGGAGCCUCUACUACUGGUACCUUUGGUGCUACGACAGGAUUUGGAGCAACAUCUGCUGGUGGCACAACCAUAAAAUUUAAUCCUGUGACUGGUACUGAUACAAUGGUCGUAAAUGGUGUAAAUCAAACAACUAAUACUAGAUAUCAAUCAAUAACUAUAAUGAAAGAAUAUAACACAAAAAUAUUGGAGGAACUUAGAUUUGAAGAUUAUUUUGCAAACCGCAAAGUUGGACAACAGGACGCUGUUGGUGGCGGAAUUUCGGGAUCUCCUAAAACGUUGUUUAGUUCUACAACAACGACAAGUACAGGUUUAUUAGGAGCGAAUGAUAAUAAACCACUUUUUGGUGCUACCUCAACAACACCUGCACUUGGAGGAUUUGGAAACACUGGUACUUCAAAUUUUUUUGGGGCACAAAGUAACAUAUUUGGAAAACCUCAGCAACCAACAUCAGCAUUUAGUUCUCAACCAUCUAUUCAUCCAUUUGGUAUGAAUACAACUCAACCAAAUAUUUUUGGAUCAAAUACAGCUCAAACAGCUAAACCAUUUGGAGUUGCUGCUACUCAGACCAAUAUAUUUGGAAAUACUGCUCCUUCAACUUUUGGUACUCAAACUACUGGAUUUGGUCAAACUGGAUUCGGACAACCCGCUCAGAAUAAUCUAUUUGGUCAAAGUAAACCAGCAUAUGGUCUUGGAUCAACACAAACAACCACAGGUUUUGGUUUUGGAACUAAUACAUCUACUAGUGCAAAUUUUCUUUUCGGAAAUAAACCUGCUAAUACUGGUUUUCAAAUGACUCCAGCUUUUGGUACAAACAAUGCUUUUGGAGCUACAUCUACAGCACAACUGCAAACUGGUGUAUUUAAUAAUGCAGCAAAACCAGGAGGGUUAUUUGGACAAGGAACUGGACUUUUUGGAUCUUCUAAUCCUAGUAAUUUUGGUACAGGUGGUACAUCAUUUUUUGGUAAUAGCCAACAAGCUGGUGGACUCGGACUUUUUGGAAAUACCAAUAACGUUCAACUAUCUACCAAUCAGGCAUCACAAAGUAAUCAAAUGCAAUUACAACUAGAUACAUUAAAAGCAAUGUCAUAUGGAGAUUCACCUUUGUUCAGAAGAUUUUACAAGGAUGUAUCAAAAGUAGAUGAUUCAUCUCUUGUUCCUUCACAAAGUGUAUCAUUUGGAAAGUUUGGUAGCUAUAAAGUUUCUCCAAUACCAACACCAAAGAGAAUACUUCAAAUUCGUAGAAAUUUCACUCAAUUUAAUCGAAAGUCCUUAUUUGAUGGACUUGAAGAAUCCCCACUAACAAUGAAACGUCGAGAUAAAGUUGGUGAUAAUUCACUACUACUUAAUUUUUCCUCUCCAAGAUCAAGCUGUAAGAAAUUGAAUUUAAAAAAAGAUAUCAAUGUCUGUAGUAAAUUAAACAAAGGAAAUAGUAUAAUUAUGCAUACAAAACCACUUGCCAAAUUACAGCAAUAUUUUUACAAUAAACAAAACUCACCAGAAGAUAAAUCUUUAAUUAAAGAAAACAACACAAUUUUUCAAUUACAAAGCAACAAACAAAACAAUUUGAAUACUUCAAAAGGAACAAAAGCCAAUGAAACUUCUCAAAAUAAUAUUACCAAUAUGGUUGUCAAUGAUAACCAAGAACCUUCAAUUGAAUCCAAUUCUCUUGAAGUUCAUCCUACUGGGAUAAAGUUAAGACGUGUUGGAUAUUAUACUAUUCCACCCAUGAAUGAAUUGGCAGAAUUAGUAGAUGAUGACGGAUCAUGUUUUGUAGAUGGUUUUACAAUAGGACGCUAUGACUUUGGAAAUGUUUAUUUUCCUGAUCGUUUGAAUGUUGCGGGUCUAGACUUGGAUACUACAGUUCACAUAAGACACCGAGAAAUUAUAAUUUACCAAGAUGACGAACUAAAGCCUCCCCUAGGGGAGGGGUUAAAUAGAAAGGCUACUGUUACUUUGGAUAGAGUCUGGCCUAAUGAUAAAACGACCAAACAACCAAUCACUAACCCUGAUCGUGUUGCAGCUACAAAUUUUGUUGUUAAACUUCAAAAAGCAUGUGCCAAACUAAGCACUCAAUUUGUAGAUUAUCGUUCGGACACAGGAUCUUGGGUGUUUAAUGUUAAACAUUUCUCAAAGUAUGCUCUUGUAGAUUCUGAUUCUGAUGAUGAUGAUGAUGAUGAUGAAAAUAUUGUGGAACAUAGUAUUGAAUCUAAAACUCUUCCUAAAUCAAUUUUACAAAAAUCUAAAACUAUAAAACCAACAGAAAACGUUAGCCCAAAGUAA